AUGAUUCGCUACACAUUAAACACUCGCUCUCAUCUAUUAAAGGUCGCUCCUCGAGUGGCUCGUCAAUUGGCAACCAGACCAAUCCAUCUAUCCACCACGCUGAUCCACGGUGAUGAUAAGGAUAACAGAGUUUCAGACGUGGCUCCGCCAAUUAAUGUCACCACCACAUUCCGUUACGAUCCCAAUGAUUUGAUUCCAUGGUCAGAGAGAGAGAACUUGGAUUUCAUGGAUAAGACACCUAUUUAUUCUCGUUUAGGUCACCCAAAUUCCACUAGAUUAGAGUCCAUAUUCUCCGAAGUCUUAAAUGGUCAUGCCGUUAUCUAUUCUUCCGGUGUUAGUGCAUUUUUUGCCGCCAUGGUCCAUUACAACCCUAAACGUUUGUUCAUGGGUCAAAGUUAUCAUGGUUGCCGUGCCAUUGCCAACAUCCUUACUAGAAACUACAACGUGGAACAGCAUCCUCUGGAAGAUAUUGAAAAAUACGCACAAAAGGGAGAUAUUGUUCAUUUGGAAACACCAGUGAAUCCAUACGGUACUUCUUUAGACAUUAGCGAGUUUGCCAGAAGAGCUCAUGCUAAGGGUGCAUUAUUAUGCGUGGAUUCCACUUUUGCUCCACCUCCAUUGCAAGAUGUUUGGGAAUUUGAUGCAGAUAUCGUUAUGCAUUCUGCUACCAAAUAUUUUGGUGGUCAUUCGGAUUUAUUGAGUGGUGUUUUGGUGGUUAAGGAUGAGGAUGUGGCAAGACAAUUAAGAGAUGAUAGAAUUUAUUUAGGUACGAAUGUCGCUAAUUUAGAAAGUUAUUUGCUAUUGAGAUCCCUAAGAACUUUCAAAAUGAGAAUUGAAAGACAAUCUGAAAAUGCUACAAAGGUAGUUAAAUUCUUGAACGAUAAUAAGGGUAAGUUCGGUAAUGUUUUGGAUAAGAUUUACCAUUCAUCUUUACAGACGGAACCUUUCGUGAAGAAACAAUUGAAGGGUGGUUAUGAUCCUGUGUUCUCCAUUACUUUGAAGAAUAAGGAACAAUGUAAAAAAUUCCCCUUAUUAUUGAAAUAUUUCCAUCAUGCGACGUCCUUAGGUGGGAUUGAAUCCCUAGUGGAAUGGAGAGCCAUGACUGACCCUUACAUUGAUCAAACUUUAAUUAGAAUUUCUAUCGGUUGUGAAGAUGCUGAUGAUUUAAUUAAUGAUCUAUCUGCCGCUUUGAACAAAUUACAAGACACAAACUAA